AUGUCUCUCAGAUCAAGAUCCUUGAAUUUCAAACAUUUCAAUGUCUCUUUUCCUCAAGAACGAAUUGUGCAGGUCACAUUGAAUAGACCCGAGAAGCUCAAUUGUAUCGAUCAAGCCACGAGUCGGGAAAUCCAAAAAGUAUGGGAGCUUUUUGAUCAAGACGAGAGCCUCUGGGUUGGAAUUAUCACCGGUGUGGGGAGAGCCUUCUGCACUGGAGCCGAUUUACAAGAAUGGAACGAGAUGAAUAGAGCAGGGGUUGUCAAUGACAUGUCUGCACCAGGUCUUGCAGGACUCCCACGUCGAAGUGGCAAAAAGCCUAUUAUUGCUGCAGUCAAUGGCAUAUGCAUGGGAGGGGGAUUUGAAAUGAUAACCAAUUGCGAUGUCGUAGUCGCUGCCUCCACGGCCGUCUUUUCUCUGCCCGAAGCGAAGCGUGGGAUCGUCCCUGUGGCGGGGUGUCUACCGAGGCUAGUUCGCACCCUGGGUUUGCAACGCACCUCGGAUCUGGUUUUAACCGGUAGAAACGUAAGUGCUCAGACUCUGAGUGAUUGGGGACUUAUCACUCGAGUGGCAGAGUCUGGUACGGAUGUUGUUGAUCUUGCUAUUCAAGUUGCUCAAGAUAUGUGCAAGAACAGUCCCGAUGCGUUGAUUGUUGGUCGUAUGGGUAUUAGAUUGGGCUGGGAAGCUGGAAGUGUAGAGGAAACUGUGUCGACUUUGGCUGAUGAAUGGUAUCCUCGUCUGGUUAAAAGUCCUAAUUUUGCCGAAGGUAUUCAAGCAUAUGUGGACAAACGACCACCGAAGUGGGUAAACUCAAAGUUGUGA